GUGUCCAUUUCUGCAACCCACCUUCCAUUCAACCAAAACCCUAAAGGGGUCUCACUCAAAAUUCGAUUCCUUCAAACCGAAGAGCUCAAGUUUGAGGCUUGUCAAGUUCCGAGCAGAUGUCUCCGACCCGAACUCUGGUAAAUUCCUAUGACGAGAAAAUUCAAGAAAUUCUUCGAAAUAGCGAAUAUAAAAAGAAGUUUGGUUUUAGUAUGGAUAUUGAUUCGUAUUCGAUCCCUAAGGGGCUUUCUAAAGGGAUAAUUCGUUUGAUUUCUUCUUUCGAAGAAGAACCAGAUUGGACGAUUAGGUUGAAUGCUUAUGAGAAAUUCUUGAACAUGAAAGGAACCCAAAUCAUCUGCUUGUGUAUACCCACCACCGAUUAAUUUUCAGGACAUCUGUUUGUUGUUUCUCUGCUCCUAAGAAGGAAAAAAUGAUUCACAAAAGGAAAAAAACAUGAAGAAGGAUUAUCUCAAGGGGUAUUUCAGGUGGGGAUUCAAGAAACUCUUAACAGGGAGCUUGUUCAGGUUCUAUCAAAGGCAGAGAAUGCUAGGAACUCCUCUCAAUGUGAUUCAAUGCUUACUGGUGAUAAUGCUGCUGCCAACACUUUCCCAUACAUCCUAAAUGUUCUUGGUUGAAUUGGUCUUCUGUAAUGCGAUCCAAUUUCAGGCUCCAUAUCCCAUAUUAUUUUGUAAAAAUGAUGGUAAGAUGUGAUAUAUAUUCAUCAAUUAACUAGUCAUGGCUUGUUGUUCUACCAUUCCUCUAAGGUAGCACUAUUAUAACAUUUUGCUAACUUGCUUCUGCUUGUUAAUUAUAUCAAGAAACAAGGAAUUGCUCGUGUUCUAAUAACUCUAUGACUGUUAUUUAUCAGGUUAUUUUGUGUUCUAAUAACUCUAUGGCUGUUAUUUAUCAGGUUAAGAACCCCACAGCCCAUGUUGAACACGAAGCCAGUACCUCCAAAAUUGGUAAAGACCAUCUAUUUUACUUCCAGCAGGGGGGAAUUGACUCAUGAUUUCUAGAUUUUGUCAUGAUGUGUUCAACGAACUUCCUAGAUGAAUUUGGUGCUGAGGUGAACAUGCUUAUAAGCUUAAAGUUUGGAGAUCUGUGGGACAAGCAGCAGCAGAUGUUUCCUCAACUAAGGCCACUCAUCCAUAUAUCCAUUUGAUUUUAAAACCCUUGGAAUGAAAGCGGUUGGAGUUUUUAAUUCUGCAUCGACUAUCAAUCAUGGAUUUGAAUUCUGUAUCGACUAUCAAUCAUGGAUUUGAAUGAUAUAUCUGUCUAGGUCUUGUGAUAUCCUGAUUUGAAAUGGGAACCAGUACAGGGUGAUGUGGCUAAGCAUGCAUGCUUACUUCUUUUGACAUGACACAAACUGGUAAGAAAAGCCUAAAUAUUGU